UCUUGACCGCCAUGACCUCCCAACCGGUACCGCCCUUGCUGGGUGACGGGAAGGGGACAUACCGAAUCCUUGUCGUGGGGAACUCAGGGAGCGGCAAGACAACGCUGUCGCGCAGGCUCUCUACCCUCCUCGGUGUAAAGCACCUAGCCAUGGACGCCUUAUGGUGGAAGCCUGGCUGGCAGACGUCCACGCGCGAGGAAUUUCAAGAUGAAUUGCGCAAGUUCUUCAAAGCGAACGAAGAGCGUGGCUGGAUCAUAGAUGGCAACUUCACCUCUCAAAGCGGAGGUCUCCCUCGGGCUGAGGCUACGGACGUGAUCUGGCUCGAUCCGCCACUUGCUCUCUACUUCCCUCGCCUAUUGAUACGGACUGUGCAGCGGCUGCUGGGCGUCGUGGAGCCAUGCAGCGAAGGUUGCAACGAAACCUGGAGCGAGGCAUUCUUUUCCGAGAACAGUGUUUUGCGUUGGUGCCUUUCGCAGCACUGGAUUCUUCGAGAGCGGGAGACAAACAACCUGCGACUCACCGGUGCUGAAAAUGGCACGGACGCGCACAACCGGAAGAUGAGGAGGCUGGGAGGUUGGGGUGGCGAGCAAGUAGCCUGGCUCAAGGCCGUGGAGGAGCUCGUCAAGGUUGCAUAACUAAUGAUAGUCCAUAGUUCUACAGCAUCAUUGAAUGGAUCAAAAUUCGUCUGCACAACGACAGUCGCAAUCUGCAACAGGGCACAGGCCGUGUGACC